AUGCAGGUCUGCCAGGCCAGGACCGGGCUCAGCACCUGCGUAUUCCUCGCCUUCCUGGUCGUCGAGUAUCCGCAAAACUGCCCCAUCGCCCAGGCCCCAACAGCAAAGGUAUUUGGGCUUCAGCAUCACGGCCUGGGGCAUGGUGCUGGCGUGUACGGCGGCCUGCGCAAACAUUGGCGGGCUCGUCGUCGUCCGGACCCUGCUUGGUCUGUUCGUCGGAUGCUAGUCUUUGUUCCUCAUCCUGUUCUCCAGUGGUGCCGACGAGACGAGCAAGCCCCCCGCUGCUUGCUGGCUGGGUUCAUGAUGAACGGGGCGCAGCAGAUUGUCGGUAACAUCCUCGCCUCCUGCUUCAGCCUCAUCACCAUCGGCCCCCCUGGAGUCCUGGCACUGCACCACGGCCGCGUGGCCUUUCGCAGCAUCAUCAUCAAGAGCUUGGGCUUGACCACGCUGCAGACGCGGCUGUUGUCAUCGGCGCUCGGCUUCUGCAUCGACGUGGUGCUUCUUUCAUCGGUAUGGCUGGCCAAAAAGACGGGCCAGAACCUCUUGGUGAUGCCGGGGUUCGUCGUUCCCUCGUUCAUCGGGACAAUACGCCUCAUGACUGCUCCAAUUAGUGCAACAAGCCACAAGGUCGGGCUUCUCUUCGACUUGACUCCCUCGUCCCGGCCGGCCGGAACGCUGUCGCUCUCUCUGUCCUCGCGCAGCGUUGCAGGGCAGACCAAGAAGGGUGUCGCGGUAACUGUCAGUUUCAUCGCGUGGGCAAGUGAAAACUCCGUCGGCCCGCAGCUGUUCUUUUCCUGGGACAAGCCGCGAUACCUCAUCGUCUUUGCGACUCAACUUGGCUAUGGCAGCUUUCGUGCGACAGCAAUCACGGGCUUCGCGGGCACCCAUGCGUCAGAGCAGGGCCGCAGGGGCGCCCGGGAGUUUCCAUGA